GUAGGUCUCACGUGACCAAGAGCUGACGUGUGCAGAAGUCCUUCUUGUUCUGGUCGUUGUUCCCGUCUGAGUAUCAGCUCCCCAUUGCCCCGAGGGCCAGUGGGCCUGCAGCAGAGGAAAGAAGGAGGAGGAGAAGGAGAUUGUCCCGGAUCCGUGCAGUCUUUCCGUAGGUUGCGGCACCACACCAGGCUAGAGAAGAGGAAGGAAAUUAACCCCGAUCCGUGAAGGUCGAUUUGAGGGUCUGCUGUAGCAGGUGGCACCAGUUUAAACGAGGGAGGAAGUUUCCUCGGAUCCGUAGAGAUUGCAAGGGUUGUUGGGCGUGGCACACCUCCAGGGGAGGGGAGAAGGGGCAAACUGCCUGUCUGGAGGAGGUCCACCUCCAGAAUCAGUUGUCGCGGCCUUGAAGUGGCUGAAGACGAUCAUCCUCCACAGGCCUGCACCCAGGCCAGGCCCAUAGCCCUCCUCCCCCAGCCUGAGUGACUACUCUGUUCCUUUGUCCCUGAUACCAUCAGGGACGAUUGCAUGGGCUACGCCAGGAAAGUAGGCUGGGUGACUGCGGGACUGGUGAUUGGGGCUGGCGCCUGCUACUGCAUUUAUAGACUGACCAGAGGAAGAAAACAGAACAAGGAGGAAAUGGCUGAGGGCGGGUCUGGGGAUGUGGAUGAUGUUGGGGAUUGUCCUGGGGCCAGGUACAAUGACUGGUCUGAUGAUGAUGAUGACAACAGUGAGAACAAAGGUAUAGUAUGGUACCCACCUUGGGCCCGGAUUGGGACUGAGGCUGGAACCAGAGCUAGGGCCAGGGCAAGGGCCAGGGCCACCCGGGCUCGUCGAGCUGUCCAGAAAAGGGCUUCCCCCAAUUCAGAUGAUACUAUUUUGUCCCCUCAAGAGCUGCAGAAAGUUCUUUGCUUGGUUGAGAUGUCUGAAAAGCCUUAUAUUCUUGAAGCAGCUUUAAUUGCUCUGGGUAACAAUGCUGCUUAUGCAUUUAACAGAGAUAUUAUUCGUGAUCUGGGUGGUCUCCCAAUUGUUGCAAAGAUUCUCAAUACUCGGGAUCCCAUAGUUAAGGAAAAGGCUUUAAUUGUCCUAAAUAACUUGAGUGUGAAUGCUGAAAAUCAGCGCAGGCUUAAGAUAUACAUGAAUCAAGUCUGUGAUGACACAAUCACUUCUCGAUUGAACUCAUCUGUGCAACUGGCAGGUCUAAGAUUGCUUACGAACAUGACUGUUACUAAUGAGUAUCAGCACAUGCUUGCUAAUUCCAUUUCAGACUUUUUCCGUUUAUUUUCAGCAGGAAAUGAAGAAACCAAAUUUCAGGUUUUGAAACUCCUUUUGAAUUUGGCUGAAAAUCCAGCCAUGACUAGAGAACUGCUCAGGGCCCAAGUGCCAUCCUCGCUGGGUUCCCUCUUUAAUAAGAAGGAGAACAAAGAGGUGAUUCUUAAGCUUCUGGUCAUAUUCGAGAACAUAAAUGACAAUUUUAAAUGGGAGGAAAAUGAAUCUACUCAGAAUCAAUUCAGUGAAGGUUCACUUUUUUUCUUUUUAAAAGAAUUUCAGGUGUGUGCUGAUAAGAUUCUGGGGCUAGAAAGUCAUCAUGAUUUUUUGGUAAAAGUGAAAGUUGGAAAAUUUGUGGCCAAACUGGCUGAGAAUAUGUUCCCAAAGAGCCAGGAAUAAGUUCUUGAUUUUGUAGUUUAGAAGCAACACAUGUUGUAAACUCUUCCUUUUCUCCACCUUGUCUAUAUGGUAAAGGAAUCCUUUCAGCUGCCAGUUUUGAGUUAUGAAUAUCAUAUUGUAUCAUCAAUGCUGAUAUUUAUCUGAGUUGGUCUGCAGGCCUAAGCUGGAUGAAUGAAUAUCACUACCUGUUCUGAAAAUGUUUGUUGCUUUUUAUCUCACUGCCUAGAUUGAAAUAUUUUUACUAUUUCUUCUGCAUAAGUGACAGUGAACCAAUUCCUCAUAAAUAAGCUCCCUCCUGUCAUUUGCAUUGACUGCAUUUGUGUAUCAUCAAUGAAGUUGUGUGCUAAUGCUGAAAGAAAAAAGAAAGAGAGAAACCAUACUUAUCUUUCGGUUUAUAAUCUAGUUGGAGAGAUAAGAAACAUACAAACAAAAAGAAAACAAUAUCUCAAGCAUAUACUCUUUGUUAAUAUUCGCACUCAGAGCACAGAGAAAGCAAAGGUUUCUGCAGGAUACAGUAGUCAGCUACAGAUUUAUGGAGGAAGUGUUCAUUUAAAAUGAAUCCUCAGUGGGGUAGGUAGGUAGGGAGUUCCAUGUGAUGGGAGAGAAGGGGAACUGGUGUGAGAAUGGCAUGGAGGUAGGAACUCUUGCUGUGACAGUGAGGAGACUAGUCUGUUCAGAGUGGAAAGUGUGACUGGAAGUAAAUAAAUUUGGAAAGUUGGCUGAAGCCAGUUUGUGGAGAACUGUUUGAAUAUUACCUCACCGAACGCUGAGAGCCAGUGAAUAAUUUUGACUAGAAAGAGAAAUUGGAAUUCAUAUAGAAGUCCCUUUCUCACCUACUGUGCAGUGUCUUUGAGAGUAUGGCAAAAAUGGAGCCUUUAAAACCCUGGUGAUAGGAAUUCGCUUACACUGGCACAAGGUUUGCAGAGGGCCAUUUGGUAAUACAUAUCAUUAGCCUUAAAAUAUGUAAUCCCUUUGUCCUAAGGAAAUAAUUGAAUCAUUGGCCAAAGAUUGUAUGUACAAGGCUGUUUAUCCCAGCACUGUGUGAAAUAGUAAAAAUUGAAAACAACUUUAACAAUUUAGCACACUGGACUGGUUACAUAAAUUAAGGAAUAUUCACAUCAGUCAGUCAGUUCAGUUGCUCAGUCGUGUCCAACUCUUUGCGACCCCAUGAAUUGCAGCACGCCACAUGGUGUAAGAUAAAUAUGUCAAUUGCAAUCCAUAUUGUCAGGGAAUGAUAUUCAUCAUGCACUGUUAAGUGAGAAAGGUAGGUUAGAUAGGAGUCUUCUUAGUAUGAUUCAAUUUUUCUGAGAAUAUAAGAUAUUUAAGUAGACACUAAAAACUCUGGAAUUACAGACAUCCAUAUAGUAACAGUGAUUGUCUUUGGGUGGAAGGAUAGUGUAAUUUUUACCUUUUUACUUUUUAUUCAUCUAUGUGUUCUUAUUAACCUAAAACAAAUACUGAUUUUUCAAAAGUUUUUGCAAAAGGAAAGUGUUGGGAAUGGAGCAGGUGAUUGAUUGGAGCAUGAACUGAGUAUUUACAUUAAACAUAAGAUGGGUUGAAGUUUUCUCUCUGAAAUAAUAGAAGAGUGCUAAAGAUGGGGCUCACUGUAAGAAUUAAAUGAAGUAAUAUAUGUGAAAUACUUAGAAUUUUCUGGCACAUAGCAAUUAAUUAAGAAAAUUGAGCACACUUAGUCCCUUAGAAUUCAGGGUCGAUAGUUGUUCUGGUUGACCUUUGUGUUGCUGGGGGCAUUCUGCCAUGUGUCAGCAUCAUUUAAUAAAUAGUAACAACAAUAAAAGUUAGCAUUUAUUAAGUGACUACUGUGUAGAGUGAUGUCAUUCCUGCAAGGCAACUGUUAACAAUAGUUUCUCAAAGAAAUAGGCUUUUCCUUUUACUACGUACUCAAGGUGUUUUAUCAGACAUGAUCUCACCUGCCCUUACAAUGUAUUGUUGGUCAGUUUGGGGAUGUUAUCCUACUUUAUACAUGAGGCCAGGAAAGGGUAAAAUCUCUGUUCAGUUAUGAUCUGGUUUUAGCCCCAGGCUUCCAUAUACUUACUCAAAUGUUGCCUACAAUAGACAAAAGGACCAUGGACUGAUCAGCUUGAAGUUGUUGGGUAUGGUGACUCUAUUGAAUCAUGCUGGGGCUCCUUUGACAUCAGUUUUAAGGGUGGAAUGAGGGUAAAGGAAUUAAAAUUUUUUAUUGCUCUAUUAUUAGGCAGGAAACAAAGAUUUGGGAGGGAAAGCCUUAGCCAUUUAAAAUAAAUUAACUUUGAGAUACCUGUGUGACAUCUAGAUGGAUAUACCCUAAUGUCGUUUUAGUGUAUUGAUCUGGUGCUCAGAAAAGACCAGGCUGCCGAUACAGAUUUGGGGGCCACCAGAGAAGAAAUGAUAAAUAAGGACAUGGGAGUGGAUGUGAUCCCCAGAGAGAAGGUUCAGAGUGUAAGAGUGGAAAGCAGCACAAAGAACUGGAUAAGGGAUUGUGGCAGCUGGGGGAAAGAAGCAUCAAAUUCCAACUGUGGAUACCCUUCGAGAUACUAACUAUCAGUAUACCUAUAUAGUCUGUACAUCAAAUUGGAUGAUACUGUAGGUGAAGUUUCAGAACCUGAUUUAAAUUUUGUCUACUUUUCUUCUAAAAUGUAUUCAUUGGAGAUACUUAAGAAAAUAGAGACAAUAAGAACAAACUUGUUCCCUCACCCAGAUCUGUAUCGUGAACAUCUAAAAAAUAUUCUGAUCAAGCCACAUUGGACUGGGGUGCUGAGUGACUUUUUGACCUGGGGUGGCAAUGAGGUGAACUUGGGUAAUAAAAAGCCACCCUGCAGCAGGGGCACAGGCCUGACUAGUGUCCAUCUGCUCCACAGGUCUCUUUUCUCAUCCUCUCCUCCCUUCCCAUUCUCCUUCCCUUUCCCUCCUUCACACUUUUCUCUUAUUUCCUCCUCUGAGAGACCAUUGACAGUAGUCUCUUUGUGCUUCUGUGUCUUUUGGGGGUGAUCGUUUCAUCUCCAUGACACCAGGUCAUGCACCAGUGGGCAUUUGAUACAGAAUGAUAAUUGUCGUUGCUGUGGUAACAAGAUGACCCUGGGUAUGUAUGGCUGGAUGCCAAGACUUUUCAGACCGUUGUUGAACAGAAACUGAGAAAGCACCAGUCUUAGUGCAGAUCAGCCCUGUGUGCAUUGCAUGAAUUUUGAUGUCCCAUACCUGGUAUUAUUUGAAACUGAGUCACCCGGACUUUGGGAAGUGCUGUGUGAGACAGAUGUGUGACUGCCUGGUCCAGGGAAGACACAGGGCCGGCCCAGCCACACUCUGAUGUCCUGAUGCUUUCACAUCAGAGGUGCCACUCAAACAUUUUGGGAAGGGCACCCUUCUAGAAUAGUAGCCGUGAUUGUGGCAGCUCAUGGGGGCAGGGAGGAGCCAGUGUCCUUUCUUUAGAAAGGAUGGCAGUUUCUUGGAAACAGGAAGUUAGAAACUCAAGGAUAUUCUGCUAUUUUGUUUUUAUCUACUGAUUUUUAGGAAUUUAAGUGGGUCUAUUCCGGGCAAAUGUGUUCAAAGGUGAUUUUACAAAGAUGGAGUAUAGUUCUCUUACAAAUUGUCACCCAAAGCAUUAUAUUUAAAGCUCAGGAAACUGGUUUUCUAUUUUUAAAUUCAUAUUUUACUUGCCUUAUUUCAAAAGAGAUUCUAAGUGUAGAUUUAGCAAAUUGAUGUAGUUCAGGCAAAUUUUGUGUUUAUGCCUCUGUUUGGUUAAUUUCUCUAUUCCCUUGAGAGUGGUUUUUUGAAGAAUGAUUAUGACUAUUUUCAAUGCUAACAUUUUACAUUCAUUCUUCAUCAUAUCCCAGACUGAAAAUUUUUUUUCCUGAUUUCUCUGUUCAAACUGUGGCUCUUCUUGCUUUUAAACCAGAACUAUCAUGCUGCCAUCUCUGGAUGCAGAAGACUAGGAUAUUGACCCCUGAGGUGUGGUAUCAAGCAGGAUAACACAUAUUUACUUUCAGAGAUGUGUAUCUCCAUGCUUUUCCCUCUCCACUGUGUCUUUCUCAGGCCUUGUGUUAAGGGCUUGGGCAUUGUUGGGUUUGGGGACAAGCCUGAGGGGAGGGAGGGAGUGGGGAAGAAGCCUUACUGGGGGUAGCUUCAUUCUAACAGGUUCAUGUCAAAGGAAUUUGAUCCAGCACUGACAGUGGGCUAAGUGUAACUCUUUGACCCUUGUUGACCAUUUACAUUUUAAAAAGUGAAAGAGUAAGUGUAGUACAAGCAUCUUUGGGUAUUAGAACAUUUCUAAGUUUGUGCAUGGACAUAACAUGUUAUUAAAUUGAGUGGAUUUUCUCUUUUGAAAAUAAAAUAAAAAAAAAAAAGACAGAAUGAGAGUCUGUUACUCUAAGAAAUGUAAUUACCAAGUAGAACAGAUUUUUAGUGUUGGCUGCUCAGAACAUUCUGUCCUUAAGAUGGAUGUACAUCAGGAACCACAUUAUCAUCAGAAGGUUGUUUAUUUAGUGCUUAGGGAAUUGGGGCGAGCUGACUUAGCUAGAUGUUGGUGCUGUCAAAGAAGAAGAACCUGAUGCACCCAUGUCAAUUAUGGGGGUUGACUUGUGUCUGAAAUCAAAUACUUGUAUUCAAGAGCUAGAGCAUGUUUCUCUCUGUACACAAUUAGAAAUUUUGUCUGCCCAGAUGACCCUUAGCCAGAGGUGGAUUAUCAGUUGAUGGUAGUUUUGUGACUGUUAAGAUAUAUUAUCAAUUAGUUUCCAUACAGGAUUUGAGAAAUGUAUAUUUUACAACAGGAGAAAACUGUAGUAUUUGUAAUGCAUUCCCUCCUACAUAUUGAUUAGUAUCUCCCUUUUCUGAACCUUUCUUAUGAGUAAUGAUAAUGUGUUACUGAUUUUUUGGAAACCAAGGUAAAAUAAAUUGUUACCUCUUUAGUUUUUUUCCCAUUUCUACUUCAGUUUUCUGUUUGCUAAAAUGUGGUGUAACUAUAAUCUUGCUAAAUUUUGUGGCUAUAUUUCAAUAAGCUGUAAUGAAAAUUCUGACAUAAUGAAAUGGAUCAAUAAAAGAAUUUAAUUUUAA